ACAUGGGCGAUAACAAUUCGGAAGCGGAACGGAGCGCAGCGCCGCGGAGGGAGACAGGCAGCAAGAGACCGCACUCAGACCGAGGAGUGGAGUCGGCUGUACGUCCACCCGCUGCUGUUAUUAGCACUCUAUUAACACGAGUUCUCUAGAAGUGUCUCCCUAGGAAGACUUCUUGUCGGAACUGGUCUCUGGAGCUGACAGUAGGAAACCCUUAGAGUCUGGAACUGAACCGAACGGGUUAAUCAUGUUAGGUGGCCUCCCCUCCAUACCCCCAAACUGAAGCAUUGAGCUCCGGUGAGCCGGGAUGGAUCGGCGGCUGGAAGCGAUCGUGCACCCGUUUGGCCGUGAGGAGGAGAGCUCCGUGGAGCAGCUCUUCCGCUUCUUCGCUCUGUGUCUGCGGUGUGGAGAGUGGGAGCUGGCUCGCGCCUGCGUCCCUCAGCUCUGCCACACCCCAGGCCUGCAGAACAUCCUGAAGGCCUUGGUCACCUGUCCAUAUGUGCUCAAGUGGGAGACUGUAGGCAGCCCUCACCGGCUGGCCUGGCUGUGGCUGAAGGUUUCGGAGAGAUGGGCCCAUGAGGAGGUUGCCGCAUCAGUCAAAGAACAGCUGGAGUUCUUCUUGCUUCUGGAAGAGCUGAGUGGAGAAGUUCCCGAAGCAGUGCUUAAGGAAUUCCACCAGGCCGUCGUGGAGAGGAGGGGGUCCGCCUUGAGCCUGAGUGCACGUGCAGAGUUCUGCCUCAGAACCCUGCUGGAGAGCAGCAGGCCCAGACUAGCUCAAGCCCUGGCGCGCUUCCUGCAGGGCCGCCGAUCUAGUGACGGCACGGGCGAGAGGGACCGUGUGCUGCAGGACAUCUUCACCCGCUUUCUGCUGGAGAAACUGGCUCGGUCGCCGAGGCAGGAGGCCUGUGCGGAAACGCUGUACUCCGUCCUGGCCCUGAUGCCUUGGGGGUCUGAGCUAGCUGGUGGGCAGGUGAACGACCUGUGCAAGGCCCUCUGGGGCGCCUGUGGAGGCAUGCUGUGCGAGGAGCGGGUGCUGAGCUGCCUUAUGCGACCCCGCUGCCAUGCCCUCCUCUCUCUCUACUGCUCUAUGGCCAUACAGCUCCACAGAGACCAGCUGUUGAGGGAUAUACCAACAUCGCAAGGGGACCUGUCUGAGGCAGGGAAGCUGAUACCUGGGCUGUGUUGCCACCGCAAUCGUGCAUCAGCGUGGAAGGCGAUCUUUUUCGAGUGUCUGAGCAGCGGCAGGCAUUUCUUGGAGCAGGUCCUGGUGACAGCGCUGGACCUGAUUAGGAGGGAGGAGUUCUCCAGGCUGAAGGAUCUGCUGACAGGAGAGUUUCAACCCUUGUCCCGCCUACUUCUCCUCCUAGGAUGGACGCACUGCCAGAGUUUGGACUCGGCUCAAAAGCUGCUGGAGAUACUUCACCAUAGCCAGGCUCUUGCCAAUGACUCAGUCCUUAAAGAAUCUGGAGACAAUUUGUCUUCCCAAUUAGGAGUGCUGGAAUGGUGUGCAAAGACUAACCCAGGGAUCUCCACUGAAGCGAUCCUGGGGCAGUUGCACACACUGGACAGUCAUUCUGCCCUCUUCAUCCUGCAGUCCCUUAUGCCCUUAGCCCGGUUGAAUGAAAGGAAAGUGCUGGACCUGCUGCUUGGCCUGGACCACUUGGCUCAGCCAGGGGAAGCGGAUGAUACUGACACACCUAACCUGUCCGUGCGGAGGAAUGUGGUUCUUUUCCAGGGUUUUUGUGCUAUGAAGUACGCCUUGUAUGCAAUUUGUGUCAAUGUCCACAAGUACUCUGCGUGCAAGGACUGUUCAGCCAUAAAAAACUGCCAGGAGGCCCAGCUGAAGGUGUUGGACCAAGACCAGACUUCAACAACAUCAGAAGGGUGCACUGCACUUUUCCAGCAUUACCUGUCCGAGUGCCAGCUUUACCUGGAAGCUGUGCCGGUCUUAUUUCGGCUGGAGCUCCUGGAGAACAUAUUCUCACUCCUCUUUUUGUCCAGUUCUGACUUUGUCCUCCAGGAAGUGGAAGCAGGGGAGGGAGGACCACUAGAGAAGGAAUCACCAGUUGGGGGUAGUUUAGAGAAAUGGGACAAUGUUUCUAUGCGACAGAAGAAGAAAGACUCUGAAGAAAGAAUACAGGGAGCUAAAACUGAAGUGCACCAUGCUGGGGAAAGGACCCAGCCACAACAACAGCCCAGAAAAUACAUGCCACCAGACCAUAACAAAGAUUACAAAUGCGUGGACCUGGGACACUUUAUCCAGGGGUUUAGAGGUUUCCUAGUGGACACAGUGGUCAUGGAGGGCUUCCUGAAGCUUCUGAGGGAGAGCCUUGAGGGGAUGUGUGUGGUGGGCCCGCGGACAGGGCAGGAGGAUGGGAGAGCGUUGCCUGGGGAGGAGGAAAUGGCUGAAAACCUUGGCUGCUCGGUGACGGUGGAGGCCUUCGGUGCACGCCUGCAAAGGCUCUCCAAGCGGAUUGCCGAGGCACAGUGGAGGCUGCAGAUCAUCACCAGCAAUUUUGGUAAUAGCAGCGGUGCAGAUUGGCAAACCCGGCCCACAAAGGUGGCCAACCCAGUUCUGCCGCUGAAACGCAGCAGCAGUGGAAGGGUGAAGAGGAAGAAGACUAGGCGACAUCGUACCGAGCGCCUCGUCUCAGCAGAGCAGCAGAAUGGUGAAGUCAGCGCCAGCACGUCUGAUGGAGGGGGUGGAGCAGUGAUCACCCCUGUAGAUCAGGAGCAGAGCCCUUGUGGUGAUCCUCACUGCUGGCUGGUGCCUGCCAUGCUCUCACCCCCGGAGUCCCUGCUAAUAUCCUGUGUGCGGCGGGGGAACUUCCUGGAGGCUCACCAGGUAUCCGUGAUGUUUGGGCUGGAGGGCUCAGCCUGCUGUGGGGAGCUUGUGUUUAUGGAGCGCUACCAGGAGGUACUGGAGGAGCUGAGCCGAGUAGAGCAAAAGAUGGAGAACCAGACAUCAGAAGGGUCCAGCACACCAAGCGUUGGGCGGAGGCGGCUGGGCAGCAGCGGGCGCUCAACGUUGCAGGCCAUCGGGAGCGCUGCUGCAGCAGGUGUGGCCUUCUACUCCAUCUCGGAUGUGGCGGACAGGCUCCUCAGCACCCCUGGGCACCCGGUCCCCUCGCUGGAGGAGGACUACUGGUUGAACUUCAGGGUCCCAGAUCCCUCUGGCCUGCUGCGUCCCCUGCUCGAGGAGUUGAGCCCCCCAGCCAUGGCUACUUUUGACUUGGCUUGCUGCAACUGUCAGCUGUGGAAGACCUCACGGCAGCUGUUGGAGACUGCAGACCGCAGGCUGAACAGCACAUUGGAAGGGCGAGGAGUAAAAGUAGACUUCAAGUUGCCCCGUUCUGAAGGGAUCAGGGGGUUCCCUGCAGUACUGCAGCACAUCAGCAAGAUCCUGAACCACACGGUCAACGCAAAGGGAGCAGCCAAGAUGGAGACAGCAAGUGAGGAGUGUGUGGAUUCCAGCCCCUUUGGCUGCAGCGCUCAGGAAGUGCUGCUCUGCACCCAUCCGACACUCGGCGAAGAAGCCAUUGCCACACGGCUCAGCCUGGCCCAGCACUUGGAGCUCACCCUGCAAGUCCUGAGCUCCUCCACUGAGUCGGCAGUGGACAGACGUGCCGGUGUGGGGCUUUUGGCAGCCCUGGUGGAACAGGCAAGUCUUCGGCCGUCUGAGCUGGACUCUCACCCUGUGCGCUCCCAGAUGAAGCAGCUGCUCCGCUCUCUGGAUCAGCUGUGUCCCUCUCAAGCUGGCGAUGACCCUUCCAGGCCCGAUUACAUGCGCAGCUUCUUGGAUUACAUCAACACUUUUGCUGCGGUCCUGGUUCGAAGCCUGAGCUCAGAAGAACAUGCAGGUGAAGUCAAACUGGGGAAUCCUCUUCUGGUUUUACUGCAGCCUCCAUCUCAACUGCUCUCUCAUCUGCUCUUUGAUCGCCAGGUGUCUCCUGUAAGGGUGUCAUCUUUGUUGAAGCAGGAGGGUUUGGCACUGAAUGUCCAGCAGGUGAUCAUCCAGCGUUGCUGCGAGGCACUCCCGGUGUGGAACACUGGCCAGGGUGUGCCAGCUGCAUCUGGGACAAGGGUGGGGGGUCUCCUUGGGUUGAGUGGCAUUGCAGAUCUGCUACAGCAGUAUGCCCAGGAGCACGCUCUCAUGCUGGGCCUGCCGGGCUUGGGUACACAGAUCCACUCUGACUCCGAGGUGUCCCCGGAGGAAAUAACCACUCCAAGCUCGCUGACCACCUCUCCAUCGUCUUCACCCCCAUCAUCAUCCUCCUCAUCCUCCAGUUCCAGCUCCUCCAGCUCUCUCCUCCUUACUCCCUCAGCCCUGUCCUUCCUCAAGUCCCGUUCCCCCUUGCUGGCCUCUCUGGCCUGCCUGAGUGCCUGCCGAGGCGGAGUGGCGAGGACCUCCAUGGCUUGGCCUGGCCUCCCCUCCUAUUUCCGUGGGGGGCGGAAGGAGGGGGUCCUGGAUGUUGAGCAGCUCACCCGGGAGACGGAAGCCUUGCUGAAGGAGCUGCCUGUCUUGCAGGCCUAUCUCCAGGCCAUGGCCCAGCCUAUUCUGGGGCCUUCGGGCAGUCUGGAGGAAAGUGGUGGGACGUCAACACUAAGUGCUGCCCUGUGCGGGAAGCUGCUGGCUGGCCUUCUGCUCUCUGGACUUCACCGAAGCGCUGCUCGAGCUGUGGUCACUGACGCCUUCCAACAGGCGCUGGCCACCCAAGAUCUGGAACGUGCAUUGAGCCUGCUGGAGCUGUAUGGGCAGAACUGCAGCCAGGAGUGGGUGCUGCGGGACCAACUGCUGGCAAGUGCAGCCCUGGAAGAAGGCAGAGGGAAUUUGGAGCAGCUUUUCCGUUUGCGGGAUGCCGAUUUGCGAGCGCGUAUGGCUCUCCGGGGCUUGGAGCUGUGGCCGCUUCCCUCCUGUCUUGAGCUUCUGCAGUUCUGUCUCAGUGAUGGCAACACUGAGGAGUCCCUGAAGAGGGAGCUAGAGCUUAAGAAACAGGAGCUUCAUAUCUACCACAGAAUGCUGAAUUUGCCACCACCGUUGCCAUGGUCAACGUGGCAGGAGCUGAAGGUGGAAUCUAGACGUGAGCCUGAGACAGUGUUCUACAUGAUGCUGGAGGCCAAUGAGUUUGAGCUGUGUGGGCAGUGGGUCCAGUUGUAUCCUGUUUCUACAAAGCUGAGCCUGCAGCUGCAGACAAAACACUUGCUUUACCUGCUUGAAAGGGGGCAGAUGGAUGAGGCCUUCCAGUUGCUGGAGAGCCUUGCGGGCUCUACUCUGGGCCUGGAGGUUUGUGAGCAUGCAUUGGACUGCCAGCCUGGACUGGCUGCCUGUCACUUUCUGGCCGAUUACCUUACCCUGCACUUCGAAAGCCGUAUGUCCCCUGCUCGGAGACGUCAUAUUCAUGAUCUCCAUCUGGGCUCCAAGGUGCUUCUGACCCUCCCUCCAGCGGCUCGGGACGACUACUUCCCUCUGCUGUCAAACCCACUGCUAAUGCUGGAGCAGAUGCUGAUGAACUUGAAGGUGGACUGGGCGGCGGUGGCAGUGCAGACACUGCGGGGCCUGCUGCUUGGCCAGGACUGCAGCUUUAGCCCUGCUGACAUCGACGUGCUGCUGGCCAGCUAUGCACGCAAAGCCUUGGAUUUCCCCUACGCACCAAGGGAGAGAACUCGCUCUGAUUCUGUCAUCAGCCUUCAGGAUGCCCUCAUGCAGUGUCCUGCCCAAGAGAGCUGCCCCCCCUCACCCAGAGCAGAGACCCCACCACCCACUACAGGCAGCACGCCUGUGCACACACCUUCAACUCAGAGUGGUCGCAAAGCCAGGACCUCUACCCAGUUCAUACCUCCAGAGAAACCCCCAAGUCGAAAAGAGUGGAUUCCAGACCACCAUAAAUCUGCCUGCAUGGUCUGCCUUCGGGAAAGGUUCACCAUGUUCAACCGGCGACACCACUGCCGGCGCUGCGGGCGUCUUGUUUGUCAAGCGUGUUCCAGCCGGCGUAUGCCAGUCGAGGGCUUCAUGGAAGAGACCUCACGUAUUUGUGACCAGUGCUACAGCUUUUUCCACCCAGUCAGUGAAGACCUGGAGCAAGCAGAAGUGGCUGGCAGUCCUGUGGCAAACGAGGGAGCUAUAGAUGGAGUCCUCCACAUUCCUGAGGUCCCCGAGCGUCAGUUCCACCUCUCCCUGAACCCUGCUGAUAACCAGCAGCUACAAAGCGAGUUCUACUAUGAGCAGGCCCCCAGUGCAUCCCUGUGCAUCGCCAUCCUGUCCCUGCACAGUGACCAUGUGGCUUGUGGGCAACAGCUCAUCACCCACUGCCGCUCCCUCUCCCGUGGGCUCACCAACCCAGAGGUGGAUGCCCGCCUCCUCACUGACAUCAUGCGCCAACUUCUCUUCAGUGCCAAGCUCAUGUUUGUCAAGGCUGGCCGGAACCAGGACCUUGCGCUGUGUGACAGCUACAUCAGCAAAGUGGAUGUGCUCAAGAUUCUGGUAACAGCCAACUACAAAUACAUUCCAUGUCUGGAUGAUAUUUUGGAAUCUGCCGCUGUCACACGUCUUCGCAACCAGUUGCUGGAGGCAGAAUAUUACCAACUGGCAGUGGAGGUGUCCACCAAGAGUGCCUUGGACCCCGGUGGUGUUUGGCAGGCCUGGGGCAUGGCUGCCCUGAAGGCAGGCAACCUGACUGUGGCACGGGAGAAGUUUGCUCGCUGUCUGAAAGCACCGGUGGACCUCAAUCAACUGAGCCAGGGGCCCCGGCUGCUGCAGGAGAUCAUUCAGUACCUGGAGGUCUUCACCAGGCCCACGCAUGCUCAGCAUGUUGAGGAAGACAUCUUGGCAUCCCUGAGGGAGCUGGAGGAGGCACUGUCUGAACCAUGUCCUGUGGAGAGGCCCGAGGGCCGAGGCCAACAAAGCAUUUACCACCAGGAGUGCCUACACUACCUGCACAACUACGGCACUCACCUGGCCAUAGUGAGCUUCUAUAUGAGACACGAUGGCAUGAAGGAAGCCCUUGUGUACCUCCUGAACAAGGACUGUCCAGAGGAAGUCUUUUUGGAGGGUGUCCUUCAGUGCAGCCUGGAGCAGGGCCGCCUGGGAGCAUUGCAAGGCCUGCUUGAAGCACUGGACCCAGGCCUGGAGGGCUGGAGCCGAUACCUAAUUGCCUCUUGCCACCUGCUACAGCGCCGAAGGCAUUUCCACACCCUGUACCAACUGCAGCAAUUCAUGACGGACCAUGUGCGAGCGGCCAUGACCUGCAUCCAUUUCUUCACUCACGGCGCCCAGUCAUACCUGCAGCUGGGGGAGCAGCAGCGCUGGCUCGUGAGGGCCAAGGAGCACCUGAGGGCCUACCUGCAGGAACAUCAGGGCCGCGGUGCUGUGCGCAGGAAGUCUCCAAGCUCCUUUCGCAAGAAGAUGUCCUCCAAUGAUGUGUCCCGACACAUGAACACCAUCGAGUUGCAGCUGGAAGUCACACGUUUCUUGCACCGCUGCGAAAGCUCCUCACCCACCCAUACAGCUGCUACAGAGCCCCUGAAUGUCAGCAUUAACCCACCCCCAACGCUGUUCGGGGGCAAUCAAAUGAAAAUUGACGUGGCUUGCAAGGUACUCCUGGGAGGGAAAAAUAUUGAAGAAGGAUUUGGCAUUGCAUAUAGAGUAAUACAGGAUUUCCAGUUGGAUGCCCUAGCAGUAUAUGUGCGGACAGGCCAGCGGCUUGUGCGACAGCGCCAGUAUGCAGCUGUAAAACAGCUGCUGCGGUGCGUUGGUGAAUCGGGGGCUUCCACCAAGAGUGACUGCGACAACAUCAUUCUCGGCUGCAUCUCUCUUGCCGACAAGGGCCCAGCUGAUGCCAAGGAGCUGGAGAGUCUAAUUCUGGAGACUAAAAGCCCAGAAAACAAGAUUAAGGCCUACCUGCAGUGCAGCAAACUACGAGCUGCGUACUUGUUGGCAGUGAAGCUGGAGGGAAGCCAGGCACGGCCCCUUGUGCAGGAGGUGAUGCAAGCGGCUGAGAACGCCAGAGACUCCACCAUGCAGGAUAUCUGUCACCAGUGGCUCACCGAACACCAGGACAGGCCAUCACGACAACAGCAGGGUCGUAGCAAUAUCAGAUAGUGCAAGGGAGGGCACAACACCGGACCGUGUGCGUGCCGUGCGCUGCUCCUCUCGGUGUGGAGUAUACACCGCAGUUCCACGUUUCUUACCUAGAUGCACAAGCGUCGCACUGUGACAAGUUUUCCUCUGUGUAGAGCUUGGAUCGGAAAAACUGAAUCUAAUGGUUGUGUGAUUGAUUGUUUGUUUGUUUGUAAAUGUGUAAUUAAAAAUUUAGUUUGACUUUAACUUUGUACUUCUAUAGAAAGGGAGUGUACCACAAAAACUAAUUUAAAAAAAAAAAAUAAAUCACUGUACUGUUAAUGUAAUUGUAUAUCACUGACUUCUCACCCCCCAUCCCUCCCCUAAGUUACUUUGCCUUCAAGCUUGUUUUUGUUUCGAGAAUUGCAGGUCAUGGGGCAAACCAUGAGAAUGUGACCCAGUUAGAAGUAUUGACUGCAUCAUUUACAAAUGGAAUAUUUUUGGGCCAGUUUGUUUCCUUUCUUUUUUUUUUUUUUGUCUUGAGGCAUUUGUAGUCUGAUUCAUCUGUGGUUUUGCCCUAGAAACAAACAGCAGAGACUGAGGGUUUAGGAUAUGAGUAAUUGACCUCAUUUUGGAGAGUAUGUAUGUUUGUUAAAAGUAUUAAAGGUAUGGUGUAACUUGUAUGUUGUUCCAUAUAUUGUCUUACUACAGUGUUAGUAUUAAUUAAUAUUUGCAUCACCUGCCUUAUUCCUCUUACUGUGUUCAUUUGUCUUCAGUGUUUGGGCUUUCAGACAGAAACUGGACACUGUGGCACAAAGUAUAUUUGAGAGCAAUUGUUAUUGUCAGCAACUCAAAAAAAACUGGAUUUUAAAAGGGAUAUGGGCUCUGACUUAAAAAUUACUGAAUAAUUCAAAUUGAAAUCAAACCACAUGCAAUUUUAAAUUCUUUAUAUUAAUUUAUUGCACGCAAGUUGUCACAGCAUAUUAAGUUGUACUGUACCUGGGGCAGACAGGUGAUAGAUAACCCUAGCAAAACUGAUAUGACCUACUAACCUAUUUUUUUU